UAUUAUAUGCAAUAUAAAGAUCUGUGUUGUGUUGUUUCGUGCUACACACGACGAUGACGGCAUGCGAUUUUGCGGACGCGCAUGAGGUUCGUUCAUUUUCGGUACAGGUUCGAUGACUGCGACGACGUUCGAUUCCUCCACAGUUGACUUUGAAAAAUAUAUUGUAAACAUCGUAAUCUACUUUGGGAGUUUUAUCAUGGUGAACUGUCAGAGAUAGCGACUUGCUCCGAUCUAAUUUUUUGUUUUUUUUUUGUUAUUGUUUUACUGUGGGCAUACUUAUACCUGCGCAGGUGUUUCAAAUUCAUGUAUACGUGAUUUAGCGGCACACGAAAAAAAUCAUAAGGUGGCCGAUUUCGGCUGCUCUCAUCGUGAGCAGACAUAAACAAAAUUUCUCGCUGAAAAUGGAUACCGAAAUAAACAAGAUACUUGCUGCGAAUUCAGUGCCUGGAAUACCACCACAGGCUUACUACAUUCCAAAUUUUAUAACUGAAGAAGAAGAAAAUGAUAUAAUUCAAAAAAUACAAAGUGCACCACAGCCAAAAUGGACACAAUUGAGCCAUAGGAGGCUUCAAAAUUGGGGUGGUAUUCCUCAUCCCAAAGGAAUGAUAGCAGAGGAAAUUCCUCAAUGGCUGAAAAAGCAAAUUGACAAGAUUGCAGAGUUGCAUAUUUUUGAUGACAGCAAAAGACCCAAUCAUGUAUUGAUAAAUGAAUAUUUGCCUGGCCAAGGCAUCAUGCCUCAUUCUGAUGGUCCUAUGUUUCAUCCAAUUGUGACAACUAUCAGUUGUGGAUCACAUACUCAGUUAACGUUUUAUAAAAGACAUGAUACAAAUAAUAUUGAGUUACCAGAGAAAGAGUUUAGUCUAUUACUAGAACCAAGAAGCUUAUUGGUAUUGCAAAAAGACUUGUACCAUAAUUAUUUACAUUCAAUUGAGGAAUCAAAUAACGAUAAGAUAAAUCAGAAAGUGGUGAGGAACUUACCAUUGUGUGCAAAGUCAUUUAGUGAGGAAGAAUUAAUACCACGUUCAACAAGAUAUUCAUUAACUAUAAGACAUGUUCCUAAAACUUCUAAAUUUAAAAUAAAACUUGGAAAAUAA